GGUCUCCUUUCUGCUUCAUCUCCACAAAACUACCACAGACAGGUAAAGUCAUAUCAUCUCCCAUUGCCCCAGGUUGUGGUGGGCUGCCAACUGGCCUGGAUGGAAAACCAGCCUGGGUAGUCAUACCAAAUGGUACUCCUUCAAGAUACCUAUAGUAAAUUUACAUCAUUCAGCUGGUUUCUCCUCAUUCUGCCUAAAAAGUAGAGAAGAAUUCCUUAUGUGCAACCAGUUUGGGAGCUUUUACAUUUUUGCCAGUGUCCUUAGAAUUGUCUUGGGGUAAGAUUGGUCAUCACAGAGGAAUGAACUUAAAAUCUUUUGGUUCUGUUCACAACUACUGUAAUGCAAAUGUUCUUGGGGGACUGGUUAAGUAAUGUUUACUUCUGGACCACUUGCAUCAAAAUCAGCUAGAGUGGUGCUUCUUAAGUGCUUCUUUAUAUGCAUAAGAAUCAUUUGGAGGUGUUGUUAAAAUUGCAGGUCCAGAUUUAGUAUUUGGAGGGAGGCAGGCUGAGAUCCUGCACUUCUGACAAGCUCCUCUGUGAUAUUGGUGCCAUUGGUACAGCGAGGAACUUAGAAGCUUGUUUAAAAAAGAAACUUUUAAUCAAAAUAAUACAUGUAUGUAAGUCAAAUAAUCAAAUACCAAUAUGUUUAUAAUAAAAAUAGGUAUUUCUUUGCCCAGCCCCACUCCACAAACCUAUCCAUCCUCAACUCUUUUCUUUCUCUUGGUAUAUACCUCUAUAUUUUGGAAAAAUAUUCUUCUCUUAUACUUUUUUACUGUUUUUUUGUUUCUUGGAUGCAGUAUCUUUUCUUUCUGAUUAUAUUGCUUAUACCUUUUGAGAUGUCUACAUCUGCUUGGAGUGUUCUGUGCCCUUCAGGUCCUUUUUAUUUUGUUUUGUCAUCUUUCAAGUUAGAGGCUUGGUGUUCCUUGAAUGUGUAGGCACCCAUAUUUAAGAAUGAAGUAUUUAAAAGCUGAACGGAAGCUCUGGAUUUGUGAUAGUUGCCUGGUGGACUUCACUGAAGGAUGGUCAGAUUUAGAUUACCUCUUCACUUGGGAACCCUUAAAUAUCAGAAUCUGAAUGUCUUAUCUCACUCUCUUGAGGAAAGAAUCUUCAGCCUGCUGCCUGGCUGGGGACAGGAAUGCUCUGGCCUUUAGGUUCUCAGCAUUGAGAAGGAGAUUGGCUUAGUGUCCCACAGUUCUGAACAUAGAUUUUUUACUUAAACUUAUUCCCAGUGUUGAACUCUCUCUUUCUGCUAUGACUAAUAUCCCUGAGUCUGGAAUCUCUAAUUUGAUUUCUCCAGAGAAUAAAUUUUCAGUCUCCUUUUGGGGAAACCUAGAGUGAGGAUGGUAUCCAGCUAACCUGUAUACAGACUUCCAGUGAAUCCCCCCCUCUUUCAGUUGUAUAGCUGCUGCCUGCCUCAGAGGUUCCUGAUGCUUUGAGUACAGAGGUUCUUGGGGGUCAUGAGGACACCUAGUUAGUUGUCCACAUUGUCAGUAACUUCCACCCACUGCAGAUUGUAACUCUUGUGCUCCAAGUCAUUUAUCCCCUUCUACUUUCAUCUUCUGAAAACACUGAAAUCUCUCAUAUACUUUUGUCUCCUCUAUUGACUUUUUUAGAUUAAUAUUUCAUUUAUCCCUGUCAUUUUAGAGAUGGAGAAGAGAGAAACAUCUGUGGGCAGUCCACCAUUUCUUAAAUUCAAAUUUGGCUAUCAGCAUUUUCAAUAAGUUUUCCAGCUGAUUCUGAUAAAUAUUAAAAUGUGGGAAUCACUGAUCAGAGCUCGAAAGGUCAAAGGUCGUGAUAAACAUAUCAAUAAUUUGAAAAAGAAAUGUCAGAAGGAAUCUGAGCAGAACCGGGAGAAGCAGCAGCGUAUUGAGACCUUGGAACGCUAUCUGGCAGACCUCCCCACCCUGGAAGACCACCAGAAGCAAAGCCAGCAGCUUAAGGAUUCUGAGUUGAAGAGCACAGAGCUCCAGGAGAGAGUAACAGAGCUGGAGAGUUUGCUGGAGGAGACCCAGGCAGCAUGCAGAGAGAAGGAGGUUCAGCUGGAAAGCCUGAGACAGAGAGAAACAGAAUUCUCUUCCACUAGACGUAGCCUUCAAGAUAAGCGGUGUGUGGAGAUGGCCAGUGGAGAAGGUCUAGCCCAACAGGGAGAAGGUCCAAAAAUGGAAAUGGAGUCCUGGCAAAAGGAAUGUGAUUCUCUCCGAAAGAUUGUGGAGAAGCAACGGCAGAAGAUAGAUCAGUUGCGUUCACAAGUACAGAGCUUAGAGCAAGAAGUGGCACAAGAAGAAGGAACAAGCCAGGCGUUGAAAGAGGAGGCCCAGAGGAGGGAGACAGCCCUGCAGCAGAUGCGCACAGCGGUGAAAGAGCUUUCAGUGCAGAACCAGGACCUGAUUGAGAAAAAUCUGACACUUCAGGAACACCUGCGCCAGGCCCAACCAGGGUCCCCAUCUUCACCAGACACAGCCCAGCUGGCAUCUGAGCUACACCAGGAGUUGGCCAGUUGCCUUCAAGAUCUGCAGGCUGUCUGUAGCAUUGUGACCCAGAGGGCCCAGGGCCAUGACCCCAAUCUCUCCCUGCUGCUGGGCAUUCACUCUACACAGCACCCAGAGACUCAGCUAGAUUUGCAGAAGCCAGAUGUGAUCAGGAGGAAACUAGAAGAAGUUCAGCAACUACGCCGUGACAUUGAGGACUUAAGGACCACCAUGUCAGACAGAUACGCCCAGGACAUGGGAGAAAAUUGUGUCACACAGUGAGGAAUGCUGGGGGUGGGACAGGCUGUAUUCCGCUCCCCGGGAGAAUCUGGUCUGCCGAGGUCCCAUUCCAGCAGGUCCUGCCCUGACAAUCUCUUGCCUCCUCUCUGCUGCUAUUACCAGACAGAAGGGGUGGAGGAGAGCUAAGAGCUGGCAUUUGGGGCUAAGGGCUGUUUUAGGGAACUGUGCCUGCCCUGCCCGACACUGGCCUUGCCUUGUUGGACUGUGUUUGUCCUGUCAUGCUCAUUCACCCUUUGAAGGUGAGUGACCAGUUAACUUUUGCAGGUUAACUGAUAAGUCCUCACAAACUGUUCCCAGCCCCAGGCCAACAUCAAAGGCAGACAGCGCUCUCUUCCCUUCUCCGUCCUCUGGGAUGGAUCCACAUUCAUUCCCAUUCCAUACUCUGGUCCUGCUGAUACUGAGUUCAUUAAAGGGCCCUGGAAAGGCUGAGUACCAGUAACAUUGGACAUCUAAGGAUUCUCAGGCCCCAUGUGCCAGCCUUCCUGGGAGCGAAGCUGGCUUUCUGGGUUUUCUUAAGCCCAGUCACUGCUUUUUCCUCAGGACUUAUGUUCUCACAGGCAUCCUCAGGGUGAUCUAUUGAUUUGUAAAGUACCCCCUAGAAUUGGGGGCCUAGGGAUUAGAGCCAGCGCUCCUUCAUCUCCUAACAUGCCAUUUUAUAGGAGACCCCACUCUAGCUGCUCUGUGCCCUUAGGGCCCUGGCCAUGUGGUUAGCAGAGCCCUUUUCCUUUUGUUUGUCAGGCCAUCCAGGUAGUAACCUUCUAGGGCUUUGAGUGCAGACUCUUCUCUGUGAUUCUGGGUUUGGACAGGAUUUUCCCCCAGAAUACCAUAGGGCAGCUGUUAAGCUCUUCACCCCCUACCCCUGGUGCUGGGGCCAUCACCUACCCUCUGAUUUCUGCCAAACUUGUGUUUGGGGGCAGGGGUCCUUUCCUGUUCUGGACUCCUUCAGAGUUCCCAGCAUAUCUAGUGCAGGUCGGCUUUAAGGUACAGCUGUCAGUGUUUGCUGUGUUUUUGUUUGUUUCUCUGGGGCCUUUGGACCCUCUGCCUUCUGGUUUCUCUUGCCUCCUUGUUUAGGGAGCAUCUUAAAACUGUCUGUAUCUGGUUGUUGGGCCAGCCCCAGGCCUCCUUGAGAUCUGGAGCCAGGCCACGCCAGGGCUGUGUGUGGGUAUGGGGGAGCCUUGAGCAGAGUUCAGGAGCCCAGAGUCAGCCACUGUAAGAUCCUUGCUAAGCUCUGGGCUGUCAGGGCAACAUCCUGGACCUCACUCCCAGACCUGAAUGAGACUCCUUAAGUGUUUUUACAAAUUCGUGUUUUAUUUAUGGAGUGAUUUAGCCCUUUCCAUUCAGAGUGGCCCCACCCAGCCACCCCUCAGCCUCUGGGCUCCUGCCUCCUAAAAGGAGCUGCCUGGUUGGGCUCCACCCUGUGUUGGAAGCCCAGUCACCAUGCUCACGGGUAUUUUUCCUCAUAAAGUUUAUAAGUAGUUAUUUAUAUGAAUCCUUGUUAUGUUAACUGGUUUGUAUUGCCUAUUUUGAUUACAAAAUAAAACAUUUAUCAGA